AUGAUUCCAUGGUUUUCCAGUAUUCAACGCUUGUGCCAUAAGGCUCAAUUGAAUGCGAAUGAGUUGACGUCAAUUACGCUGCACGGACGUCCAUGGAAAGCAUUGGAUGAAGCUUUGAUCAAUGGUUGUUCAAUGAUCGGAGUUCUUACGGAUAAAAAGCACUCGCCAAAGUCCAUCGCUAAGCGUUUAAAGUUGUUCGGUUUUGAAGAUUACAAAAUGCUGGUCGGUGAACAUUUAGAUGGGGAACAGGAACGAAUCUCAAGCUUAAGUUUAGACGAAAUCGAGGUGCAAGAAUUUGCUGCUUUAAAUGCUGUCAUUCUUCUAAAGAAUGGAAAUCAGGCAAGGCCGAAAUCAUUUCCAGAUAGUUGUUAUCGCACCCUGGAAGGUCGUCCGAGGAUGAUCACAAAACAGGCACUACGCGCGAUAACAAUUCAGGCAUUACAGCUUUCUGAUAAGCAUAGUUUUUGGGAUGUGGGCGCAUGUACUGGCGCGGUAGCAAUUGAGUCUAAACAACUGUAUCCGGGGUUAGAUGUUUCUGCAUUCGAAAUCAGAGAAGAAUGCGAUGAAAUCAUUCACGAGAACGCCCGAAAAACAUCAACCCCGGGAAUUAAAGUAUUCAUUGGGGAUUUCUUGGAGAAGAAUCUGGAAGAGAUGGCAGAGCCCGAUGCCGUUUUUAUUGGCGGUCAUGGCGGUCGAUUGAAAGAAAUGAUUGAGCGCAUAGAUGGCUAUUUGUUACCAGGAGGAAGACUAGUGAUGAAUACAGUUUCGGAGGAAUCCAGAACUCGGUUUAUUGAAGCAAUUCAAGAGCUAUCCUAUCGAAUAGAUAACGAAAUCGCCAUUCAGAUAAACGAUUACAAUAAAAUUACCCUUCUGGGGGCAACAAAAACGAGUAUAUGA